AUAAAUGCCAUCUGCUGAUAUUCUUUUGGAUGGUAACCGAAUAGGUCAAAGACUCAAAUUCUCUAAAACAGAAGAAGAUUUUUAACGUCAAAAUUACUUGGAAUUGGAAAUGUAAUGUUGUCCUUUUCUUUCUUUUACUAGUUUUGAGUGUAGUGAGAAUGGCUGCCGGAACUCUUUACACUUAUCCCGAUAAUUUCCGGGCCGCAAAAACUCUUAUUGCCGCACAAUAUGCCAAGGCAAACGUCAAAGUAGCAUCCAAUUUUGUUUUUGGAGAAACUAAUAAGACUAAAGAGUUCACCAAGAAAUUUCCAAGUGGAAAGGUUCCUGCGUUUGAAUCAAACGAUGGCAAGUACCUUCAAGACAGCAACGCUAUCGCUUACUAUGUUUCCAAUGAACAACUAAGAGGAAAAAAUGAAUAUGAUAGAGCACAAAUUUUGCAAUGGAUUGGCUUUGCUGAAGGUGAAAUUGUUCCAGCAGCAUGUGCCUGGGUAUUCCCUAUCUUGGGAAUUGUUAAAAAUAACAGUGGUAAUGAUGAGACUUUCCAAAGAGCAAAGGAAGACCUCAAAUCCUCUUUGUCUAUUCUCAACAGCCACUUACUUGCCCACACUUACUUGGUAGGAGAGAGAAUCACUCUAGCUGAUAUUGUAGUUGCCUGCAAUCUAUUGAAUGCCUACAAAUAUGUACUUGAUCCCAACUUUAGAAAACCUUUUGGUAAUGUCAACAGAUGGUUCAACACACUUAUUAACCAGCCACAAUUCAAAGCUGUACUUGGAGAAGUUAAACUUUGCAGUGCAGUUGCUCAACCUGGAACUUUAACUGCUGCAGCCACAACACCAGGUAAAGGUAAGAAGAAGGAAGAAAAGAAACAAGAGAAGAAGCCACAACCACCUAAAGAAAAGAAGGAAAAGGAACAGCCAGAAGAAUUAGAUGCUGCCGAAGCUGCCCUUGCUGAAGAACCCAAGAGCAGGGAUCCCUUCUCUGAACUACCUAAAGGAACCUUUGUUAUGGAUGACUUCAAACGUGUCUAUUCAAAUGAAGAAGAGAGCAAAUCAAUUGCUUAUUUCUGGGAGAAAUUCGACCCUGAAAACUACUCAAUCUGGUAUGGCGAAUAUAAAUACCCUGAAGAACUCUCCAAAGUGUUCAUGAGCUGUAACCUAAUUACCGGUAUGCAACAGAGGCUGGAUAAGAUGAGAAAGCAGGCCUUCGCAUCUGUAUGCCUUUUUGGAGAAGACAACAACAGCACAAUCUCCGGUAUCUGGGUAUGGAGAGGACAAGAAUUAGCUUUUACUUUAAGUCCCGACUGGCAAAUAGAUUAUGAAUCCUACGAAUGGAAGAAGUUGGAUGCCAAAUCAGAAGAAACAAAGAAAUUAGUAGAGCAAUACUUCUCAUGGACUGGUACUGACAAACAAGGUAGAAAAUUCAAUCAAGGAAAAAUCUUUAAAUGAUCUUCAUCUACUUAAUAAAUCUUCUAAAAUGCUGUACUGAUCAUGUGAAGCAAGAGAAAUAAAUCCCAAUGUUUUGUUAAUAAUAUUUUUUUAUUAAUCAUAUUUAUGUAAUUGUUCUGAUCGAAGCUUUUCUUUGGGCUUUACUCCCUGAGUUUUUAAGACACUUAAAUAAAUUUAAUAACAAUUU